UGUACUCUCUUGACAUGAUAUAACUCCAGCUAUCCACACCGUCGCCUUCUCGCCCACCUCAUUAGGAACAUAGCUCGCCUACGAAUCGGAGAAUUUGCCAUUACGUUGCCAGAACCGUCGAUGCCCGUACGCCCGUGACUACGCCGUCGACAUGGAUUGCGAUACCCGAUGCUUCGACUUGACGCUCGUCUUUCCGAUUCUUCUAAAGCUGACACCAGAUCGUUCGUUCGUUUAACAAUGCUGUUCGACAGGCAGCCGACUUUGCGAGAGACCGAUACCAGAUGGAUUGUCCAACCUUGACCGCACUUGCUCGUCCUUGGAGUGUCAUCCCGACUUGGAUGCAGUUUGCCCGCCUCUCCAUGCAGCUCGAACCUUCCCGAAGAGGAAGUCGCAGUUCUGCAUCUGCUCCUUCCCUGCCGGUGUCUGUAUGCCCGUCUUCGGCCUAGUCUCUCUGGCGAUAAUGACGGCCUUCCCCUCCCCCUUCUUUCUUUCUCUUCUCUCUCCUAUCCUUCUCUCUUCCUUCCCUUUCUUUUCUUACUCUCUUCUUCCACUGUCAACCUUCCUUGCCCUUGCUAAUCUGCUUGACUGCCAUCUCUUCACAGGUAUUCCUCGUCGUCGUUCCUUCCGUGUUUCUGCUUCGAGCGAUUUUAUGAACAUGCUGCUUGGGUAAGUGCUCGUUCAGGUCUGGUUGGGCUGACAGCCGUCUAGGCUCUUUUGGUGGGCAUACCGAGGGAUUUGACCUUGUCUAGCAUAGGUUUCAUCAGAGCUUCUCUGGUGGUGCUUGUGUGACGGCAAGGCUGUUGGCUACUAACUGAG